ACAUUGGACGUGUAGUCGACACGAAAACCAGGAAGUAACUUAUUUUCCUGCUGUCAACGAUGGAGCAAACUACAAGUGAAAAACCUCAAAAAACAUUUACGUGCCAGUUGUGUGAUUUGAGUAGCCCCUUUACUUACUACGGCCAGAAGCCGCCCAACACCAGAGCUAUUGUGUUGCUUGAGGAGUGUUUUGUGACCAAGGACCCCUUCAGUCCAGACAAGGAAAAGUUUCUAGUGUUGGGGUCUUCCUGCAGCUUGUGCAACAAGUGUGUGUGUGUUGGAUCGGACUGCAGUCUCUACUACACCAAGAGGUUCUGCAUGCAGUGUGUGAACAAACACUUGGACCAGUUCCCCCAUCAGAUUCAGGCUGAGCUGGCUAAGAAGAAGCAGAGCUCCAAGGCUGCCGUCUCAUGACGUCUUGCAAGACGUCCAUAACCUGCUCACCAGUCUGCACCAAAUGCCAGAGUACAUUUAUCGCAGUAAAGCAUGUGCAAAGGUGAUUUGCCAGGCAAAACCAUACUGGAGGGAACCACCAGAAAAUGUCUGUGGACUGUAUCAUCUUGCAAUCCUGUUAUUUAUUACUCAUAAAGACUUAUAAUAUCUUUUAAUUACCAGAGGAGUUUUUUCCACCUUCGUGUCUCCACUGGUAAAUAUGUUAACAUUCAAUUACAGAUGUAAAAUUACAAUUAUUGAGCCUAUCGCUUGUUCAGGGCAAGUUCAGCUACUAUUCUUGGAUAUUACAACCCCGAAUGCAUGACUCAAACAAGUGUAGUAACUGUGUAACUAAUGUUUGUUUUAGUGGCUGAAUCUGACGCCAUUGCAUCAGCCCACUCAGCCACAUCCAUCCAGCAGCUCCUUCUGCUGUGGCAUCUUCAUGAGACACUAAAAAGGCACAAAUCUUUUCACCGAACAAUCAAAAACGCUAGAAAAUAAUGCCGUACAGAGAUGACAGUAAUAUAUCUACGGAUUUAGAUUUACUGGUGGAGAAAGCAAAACUUCGAGUUCCAGGUUGAGGUUUUAUAUCAAGUAUGAUCUAAGUCGUAAUAUUUCUAAUGGUGAAGAAAAGUGUGGCCCUUAAUGUGUUGGUUAUGCAUGUGUGACCGUAACAAAAUGUUCCCGUGCCUCAUUUUUCACUUACCGGCCGAAUCAGUGCGCUCAGGCUGAUUUUCAGUUCAAGGGCGGCGCGCGCAGCUUGCAGGAGCAACAUAAACACAUUAUGGAUUAAGUUCGAUGGCGGCGAUAACAUCGAUAAAACAGACGGCCUCGCUGUGUUUAUCACGAGAUGCUUGAGUCUUUUCAAGGGUUAAUUGAAACAGCAUGGACUCAUAGGCAGGCCCAGCGAUUUUUUACUGGCAAAGGCUGCAGAGGAAUGCAGAUGUCACUAGCUGCACAGUUUAAUACGGGACAUUGUGAACUCCUGGUUAAGUAGCGCUUACUGUUGCUGUUUUCGGCCAGUGAUUACAGGAUUAUGCAGCUCUGGGCAGCACGGAAAACAAAUUGAAGAUAUGAAUUUCUUUGAGUUGUGAAGUCUUAAAUGGGAACUUCUAAACAUUUGUUGUUGUGUUUUUUUUUUUUUUUGUUUUAUUUUAAAACUUCACCGGGCUCCUUGGCGUUUAAAUUCUAAGCACACACACGCAAUUACAAGCAGUGAAGCACAAAAACCACCCCUGUGGCACCGGUGGCAAAGUCUGACAGCGAUAGGCUCCGUGCCAACAAUGACGGAAGGCCUCUGGCUGAGAGCUGAUGUCAUUGGAGGCUGAUUUAAAGCUUUCUCUCACAGUUUUUCUGCAAGAAACCUCGCUCCCCGUCUCUGUGCCCUUCAGUAACCUUGAAUUUGUAACUGAAUGGAUUUACACUGAUUGAAUCAAGCGUGCCUAAGCCGUUUAUGAGCCACCAAAUCAGAUCAUGCAGUGAUAUCUAUCAGCAUACAAUCAUUUGAUGAUUGAUUUAUCUGAUAGGACUACCAGCCUGGAACAGGGCUUCAAACUGCCACUAGCAGUGUUUUGUUUUAUUUUUUUGUUGUUUUUUUGUUGUUGUUGUUCCUUAUCAGGUGUCAUAGUCGAUGUUCUUUAUUCGCCACAACCUGCAGUGCACUAAUACUAAAUGUCAGCACAUGAGAUCAAAUAAAGUCUGUGACCUUUAA